AAUUCUUGUACACAUCCUACUUUCUUGAACACUCUCUCUCUCUCCUCUCCUUCCUCAUCCCACCUCAGCCUCCCUAGAACCUUCUGUAAAACACUGCAAAAAUUCCAAUUCAUCUCACAUUUCAAUAAAAAGCGCAAAUACCCACAUCACAUUUUCCCAAUCUUCCUUUGAUCAAUUCCUACGAAAAUCAUCACCUUUUCUCAUAAAUCUUCAAUUUAAUCCACUCUUUUGAGCUCAAUAAUCCAACCAUCCCUUCAGUAAUGGCUACCGCAACGACGUCGUUUCUUGGAGCCUAUCUUCGUGUUCCACCCAACAAUGGCGUUCGGAAUGCGUUGUUUUCUCAACCCUUUCUCUCUCUUCGGAUCAAGUCGAAGAGAACCAAGUCGCUAAAUUCAUUGAAAUUUACUGGGGAUUCCAGUAAAAUUUUGUUGUUCAAGUGUUCUAGGCCAUUUGAGAAAGGCUUGAAAUCUGGGUCAUUUGUUGUACGAUGUGAUGCUGCAGGUGGUAGCAGGAUUACUCAACAAGACUUCACUGAAAUGGCAUGGCAAGCAAUUGUUUCUUGCCCAGAAGUGGCAAAAGAGAACAAACACCAGAUAGUGGAGACAGAGCAUUUACUGAAGGCUCUUUUAGAGCAAAAGAAUGGACUUGCUCGCCGCAUUUUCUCUAAAGCUGGAGUUGACAAUACGCGUUUGCUUGAAGCAACUGACAAAUUUAUACAACGUCAACCAAAGGUUUUGGGUGAAUCUGCUGGUUCUAUGUUGGGACGAGAUCUUGAAGCCCUAAUUCAAAGAGGCAGGGAUUUUAGGAAAGAGUAUGGAGACUCAUUUGUCUCUGUGGAGCAUUUGGUUCUUGCUUUUGCACAAGACAAAAGAUUUGGGAAACAGUUGUUCGGUGAUUUUCGGCUUUCUGAAAAAUCAUUACGAUCUGCUAUUCAAGCUGUAAGGGGACGGCAAUCAGUCAUUGACCAAGACCCAGAGGGUAAAUAUGAAGCUCUGGAAAAGUAUGGAAAAGAUUUGACUGCUAUGGCAAGGGAAGGAAAACUUGACCCUGUAAUCGGAAGAGAUGAUGAGAUUCGUAGAUGCAUCCAGAUUUUGUCAAGGAGAACCAAAAAUAACCCAGUUCUUAUCGGUGAACCUGGUGUAGGAAAAACUGCGAUUGCUGAGGGGCUUGCUCAAAGAAUUGUUGAGGGGGAUGUUCCUCAAGCUUUGAUGAACCGUAAGCUAAUUUCCCUGGACAUGGGAGCUCUCAUUGCUGGAGCUAAAUAUCGUGGCGAAUUUGAGGAUCGGCUGAAGGCUGUACUCAAGGAGGUGACAGAUGCUGAUGGUCAAACUAUUCUUUUCAUUGAUGAGAUUCAUACAGUAGUUGGAGCAGGUGCCACAAAUGGUGCUAUGGAUGCUGGCAAUCUGUUAAAGCCUAUGCUUGGUCGUGGGGAGUUGCGUUGCAUUGGUGCUACUACCCUUGAUGAAUAUCGUAAAUACAUAGAGAAAGAUCCAGCAUUGGAGCGACGUUUUCAACAGGUUUAUGUUGACCAACCAAGUGUUGAAGAUACUAUCUCAAUACUUCGUGGGCUGCGUGAGAGAUAUGAGUUGCAUCACGGAGUUAGGAUUUCUGAUGGUGCUCUUGUAGAGGCCGCUAUGCUUUCAGAUCGCUACAUUAGUGGACGGUUUUUACCUGACAAAGCUAUUGACUUAGUUGAUGAAGCCGCUGCUAAACUAAAGAUGGAGAUUACAUCGAAACCUACUGCUCUAGAUGAGAUCAACCGUUCUGUAUUGAAGUUUGAGAUGGAAAGACUCUCACUUACAAAUGAUACUGACAAAGCAUCAAAAGAGAGGCUUAGCCGGCUUGAUACAGAACUUUCCCUACUAAAGGAAAAGCAAGCUGAAUUGACUGAACAAUGGGAGCAUGAAAAAUCUGUUAUGACACGCAUACAGUCAAUCAAAGAGGAGAUAGACAGGGUGAAUAUUGAGAUCCAGCAGGCGGAGCGAGAGUAUGAUCUUAAUCGUGCUGCUGAACUGAAGUAUGGUAGCCUUAACUCUCUGCAACGACAAUUAGAAAGUGCGGAAAAAGAGUUGGAUGAGUAUAUGAAAUCAGGGAAGUCAAUGCUACGUGAAGAAGUAACUGGGAACGAUAUUGCUGAAAUAGUUAGCAAGUGGACUGGAAUUCCUGUUUCAAAGCUACAACAGUCAGAGAGAGAGAAAUUAUUGAAUUUGGAAGAAGAGCUACACAAACGUGUUGUGGGCCAAGAUCCUGCGGUGACGGCUAUAGCUGAGGCUAUUCAGCGAUCUAGAGCUGGGCUUUCAGAUCCACAUCGUCCCAUUGCUAGCUUUAUGUUCAUGGGUCCCACAGGUGUGGGGAAGACAGAGCUGGCAAAGGCCCUUGCCUCUUACCUGUUCAACACUGAAGAUGCCCUUGUCAGAAUAGAUAUGAGUGAAUAUAUGGAAAAAUUUGCCGUGUCAAGACUGACAGGUGCCCCGCCUGGUUAUGUGGGUUAUGAGGAAGGAGGCCAAUUAACAGAGGUAGUUAGAAGGAGGCCUUAUGCAGUGAUCCUAUUUGACGAGAUAGAAAAAGCUCAUGCUGAUGUUUUCAACGUUUUUCUUCAAAUUUUGGAUGAUGGAAGGGUGACAGACUCACAAGGACGAACAGUGAGCUUCACCAAUACUGUCAUCAUUAUGACUUCAAAUGUUGGAUCACAGUUGAUCCUUAAUGCUGCUGAUGAUGAUGAGACAUCAUCAAAAGAGGCAACAUACGAAAUAAUAAAGCAGAGAGUGAUGGAUGCAGCAAGAUCAAUCUUCCGUCCUGAGUUCAUGAACAGAGUAGAUGAAUACAUAGUUUUCCAGCCUCUUGAUCGUGAUCAGAUUAAUAGUAUUGUUCGAUUACAGCUGCAAAGAGUACAGACGAGGAUUGCAGAUCGUAAGAUGACAAUAAAAGUGACGGACGCUGCAGUUGAGCUUCUUGGGAGCCUUGGAUAUGAUCCUAACUACGGUGCUAGGCCAGUUAAGCGUGUCAUACAACAGCAUGUUGAGAAUGAGAUUGCUAAAGGCAUACUAAGAGGGGAUUUCAAAGAAGAUGAUUGCAUUCUUGUUGAUACUGAGCUCACAGCAUUUUCAAAUGGCCAACUACCUCAACAGAAGCUCAUGUUUCGCAAACUUGACCUUCAAUCUGGCUCUUCCUCACAAGAACCCAAGGAAGCUGUUUCUCCUUUCUAGGUUGCCAAACACAUUGCAUAUAGAUUUCUGCCCAACGUUGUUUAGAUGACGGUAUAUAAUCAUAGCAGUGUCUUUUUACACUUGAAAGAUUUUGUACACACUUGCACAAUAUUAUUUCUUUACUUCCCACAAGUCAA